AUGUCUAACAGAAACAUCACAGGGGUGUGGCACAACAUUGCCUCAAUUCGGAAUGACGUCAAGAAACAUGGGCUUGACAUUGGCGAUAUCUUUCAACUUCAGGUGCAAUCAGGUGACAACUCCCAGUUCUGGUACGAUAAUUGGGUAGGUUCGGGAAUACUGAAAGACAAAUAUCCCUCUCUAUUUGAACUUGAAUCGAGGAAGCGAUGUACUGUAGCUGAUAGAUUCUAUGAUGGAUCAUUUGAAGAACAUUGGAACUCUUGUCCUAGUCAUUUGGGCUUGGCAGCAGACAUGGAUAGUCUCAAAAUGGAUUUGUCCAAUGUGGAACUGGCUUAUGGCGAUGACAAAUGGUUAUGUAAAUUAAACAAUAAUGGAGAAUACACGGUAUGUGCAUUAAGACGGAAGAUUGAUAUGUAUGCAGGCCCACAGCCCCCAUUGCCUACCAUCACUUGGUCUAAAGAAGUACCUUUAAAAGUAAAUUGUUUCGUAUGGAGGGCGUUACAGAAUAAAAUCCCAGCAUCUGAGGCGCUGAGAUUCCGGGGAGUUGAUAUUGCAUCGACUGUAUGUGGUGCGUGCAUUAACUAG